CACGCGGAUGGAAAGUUUGCGUCCGCUGAUAGAGGAGCGGAAAGUCCAGAGAAAGAUGCAUGAAGAGGAUGGCAGCGCUGCCAAUCCCAGCAGGAGCUCCCGGAUCCCGGCGGCCAGGUCUUUCGAUGUGUCCGACUGCGAUGGCACGAAGGAGCAGAGCGCCAAAUUAUGCGGCUACCUGAACAAACUGACAGGGAAAGGGCCACUGAGAGGCUUGAAAACGCGCUGGUUUGUGUACGACCCCAGGAAAUGUUACUUGUAUUAUUUUAAGACUCCUCAAGACGCCCUUCCACUGGGACACAUUGAAAUAGCGGACGCUUGUUUCAACUAUGAUGUGGAGGUGGAAGAGGGGCUUUUUGAGAUCCACACCGAGGGGAAGGAGUUCCUGCUGAAGGCGCCCAACAGGCAGGUGAUGCAUUAUUGGCUGCAGCAGUUACAGCAGAAACGAUGGGAGUUCUGUAACAUGUCCGGCCACCGAGACAGCUGGUGCUCCCCCACCCCGUGUUAUCCACAUACGGGCCUGGUGGCCAAAGAUGCAGAAGCAAUGCUCUGUGAGAAGCCCAACGAGAGCAUGGAAAGUGUUCGGAGUGACUUUGCUGUGGAGAUGGACAGUGAUGGGCUGGUCGGGCUCCAGUCGCUGCGUAACCCUGUGGCACAACCCAACGCAGCUCUCAACUCCCUCCGACACUGGGGAUCUGAGAUCAGAAAUAGCAUGUCUCACCUGCGGGCCGGCCGAGGAGGAGAAAACAGGCGCAGUAUGUUUUACACAGCCAGUAGUGAGGACUGGGAGAUGGUGGAUCCUCCAGCCAAAGACACACCAGAGCACAAACCUCCACCUGACAGCCAACACCGGGAAAGCCCAUCUCACCUUCAACGAUACUCCAUUGGCUCAGCAUUCACGUUUGACUUCCGCAGCCCUUCGAGAAUGAAACGGCCCUUUCACAUGGGCUCUGGGAAACCCAGCCGCAGUGCAGAGAGCUCGCCGGUUGAAUUUAACGGGACGAAGACCUCCGAAUUGCAGCUCCACAUUCAAAGCCAGCAGGAGGAGAUCAACCGCCUGCAGGAGCAAGAGAACCAGCUCCGAGAAGAGCUCGCCGGUCAGAAGGAGUUGGUUCGUCUUCUCCAACAAACACUACGUAGCUCCCAAUGCGAUUGGCGUUCCACAGUGUCUCCAGGGAACAUGGGGCUUCACAGUCAUAACCAAGCUGCGAAUGAGGUGGACAAAGCCCUGGCAGAGCGGGACACCCAGAUCAAAGACCUUUGUUGGCACAUGGAGAAGCUAGCCUUGGAGAAGGAGAGUCUUCAACAGGAGUUAAAGAGGUUGAAGAUCAAAGUUGGGGAGAUAAAUGAACAGCUGGGGAUGCUCAUGGAGACCAUUCAGGCCAAGGACGAAGCCAUCGUGAAACUUUCCCAUCAGAGUGGUAAUGAAGGAACCCAGUCGGCUGAAUGCAACUCACCUAGUGCAACUAGGGAACAACAAGAGUUGGACAUCCUGAAGGACCGCCUUCAGGGCUACAAAGCCCAAAAUAACUUCUUAAACAAAGAGAUUCUGGAGUUGACGGUCUUAAGAAGAAAUUCUGAAUCCAGAGAGAAAGCACUUGAGGCAAAGUGCACCAGUUUAGAGGCCAAGCUGUGUCAGGUGGAGAGUAAGUACCUGGUUCUACUACAGGAAGUGAAGUCUCCUGUUUGCUCCUCUUCAGAGCAGACCCAUAGUGGAGAGGUCAUCACCCGCUUACUAGAAGAUGCAUUACAGGUGGAGAGUGCAGACCAGCAGGAACACCCUAUCCUCAAACCCAAUGCUGUCAGUGAGUAUGAUAUCUAUGGCUUCAAAACUGUCCCAGAGGAGGAGGAUGACGAGGAAAAACUUGAAGCAAAAAAGAGAGCGCUAGACCUGAAGUCCCUUUCCCUGACAGACCAGGAGACCUCAGUUAGAGUAAAGUGGGACAACUACCUGGCCAUCACCAUGAACAGAGAGAUGGUUCGAUCUCCAGAGCUUAAGGCGCUGAUGCGAAGUGGAGUUCCCCAUAACCACCGUUCCAAGGUGUGGAGCUGGUGCGUGAACUUCCAUGUGAAGAAGAUGCGUGAAGACGUGUCAAAAGACUAUUACCAGAACCUUCUGUCCACGGCGAACGAAAAACCAAACCCGGCCUGUAAGCAGAUAGAGCUGGAUCUUCUCCGGACGCUUCCUAACAACAAGCACUAUGCUUCUCCUGACUCGGAUGGCAUCCAGAAACUCCGGAACGUGCUGCUGGCUUUCUCCUGGAGGAAUCCAGAUAUCGGCUACUGCCAAGGCCUCAACAGGUAUCAGAUUCAAGCGAUUCCAUCAGCUCUCAAGUUCAUUCUUAAUGUCUAA